UGGGGUUUUUUUUUUUUAGUUUUUAAAAAGUGGCUGAGAUGGGACAUAGAGGUCUAAUCCCUGGGAAUGACAGCUCAAAUAAAGCCCUGAAUUCCUUGAGAGUCGACAUCUGGCUUCGCCCUUCAACAGUUCUGCAGCUGGGGUGUUGACGCCGCCAAAGACUGGUGAAAUUCCCACUGUCCGCGCCAGCUGCUUGCGUUCCCCCAGGCUCGACUUUUAAACCAGUGUUUCCCAUGCACAGUUUGAUCUCUAACCACUGCUCCUUUCUCCCUUUCUCUAGAAGCCAUGAAGUUUUCCCUCUUACUCUUCUUCUGGGCUGUUCUAAACGGUGGCAUCUCGACGUAUCGGCCCAUCGCGCUUGCGCCCUGCGAAAUGAGAAACCUGGAGGCCUUUUGUCAGAACGUGGAUCUUCACCAGGUGCCUCCAGAGCUUCACCCCGACGUGUCUAAAAUUGACGCCUCCGGAAAUAAGAUUCGAAAUGUCACCGAGAGGCCCCUGACCUUCUACGCUUCCCUCCGUCACUUGGACUUAAGUUCCAAUCUGAUCGGAUUUGUCAAACCUGGGAUUUUUGCGGAGAUGAAGAACCUGCUGGACAUCAACUUGGCCAACAACCAGCUCUAUCUGUUGGCGCAGGAAGAUCUGUGGGUUGGGUUACUACCCCAAGUCAGGAGACUAGACCUGUCUCGCAACAGUCUCUACAGCGGGAUGGCAGAACAUUUCAUUCACCAGGCGCCUUCGUUGCGCUAUCUUUCCUUGGCGGAAAACAGCAUCAUACACAUCUCCCAGAGCAUGUUCCAAGGGUCUCCAGAGCUGGUGGAAGUCAACCUGCACAACAACAUGAUUAUGGAGAUAGAAGAAGGCGCGUUUGAGAGCCUGACACGUCUCGCCAAGCUGAAUCUCUCCAUGAACUCCCUCACUUGCAUCGUUGAGUUCAACCUCAGGCAGUUGGAAGUUCUCGACCUCAGUCGGAACAGCAUCGAGUCCUUCCACUCCACCCAGUCGGUGGAGGACUUCAACUUGAUCUGGCUUGACCUGAGUGAGAACAAGCUCCUUCGCUUCCCCGUUCUCCCUCAAGGAAACAAGCUGGCUUACUUGAACCUAACCAAUAACAUCAUGCAAUUUGUUAUGGUGGACUCCCAUAGCGACGUAGACUACCAGUGGGAAGAUGGGCCUCAAUAUCCCAACAAUUCCCGUCCUCCCUACUUACCUGCCCUGUUGUCCUUGGACCUCAGUUACAAUGAGAUCCAAUCCAUCCCAAGCCAAUUCUUUGACUCCAUGUUGUCCCUCCAAUUCCUUAAUUUAAGCAAAAAUUGCCUGCAGACUUUUGGGACAAGCAAUGAGUUGGCCUUGUUGUCCGUCCUUGACCUUAGCUGCAACUCUUUGAAGAACCUUAAGUUGGAGUCCAACACCUUGAGAGGUUUGCGGGAGUUCCACCUCCAAGAUAACCAUCUUCAAGAGUUGCGUCCAGAUAUCUUUCAAGGUCUCCCAUAUCUCCAGUGGCUUGACCUGAGGAACAACAAAGUCCACCUCUGUGACUCGCAUUCAGGAUCAAGAAGGCAACGAUUGUCUCCUAAUGUUCCUCACAGUUGUGUCUCGUUUGUGCGAGUUCCCAAACUUCAAUAUUUGUAUCUUUCGGCCAAUCGUUUGAAGAACCUACCCAUGUACAACUUCUUCGGGACUAAGCUUAGGGUACUGGAUGUCUCCAUGAACUGGGGACUUCAGAUAGAAGCCAAAUCAUUGGUAGGCUUGGAAUUCUCGCUGGAAUAUCUGGAUUUACACGGGAAUGGCCUGACCACUCUGAACGUGGAUUUUUCUCUUUUUCCUCACCUCAGGUAUCUCAAUCUAUCGGACAAUCAGCUUAGCUGGUUGCCUGCUUGGUCAGAAGACUGUUGUGUCCUUGAAGUCUUAGAUCUUCACAACAACAGCUUCAACAGCUUGAAAAAUAGCCAGAUCCCAACUCUGGAAAAAAACCUACGGAAUUUGUACCUGGUAGGGAACCCGCUGAGUUGUUGUGGAAACAUCUGGCUCUCUCAAAUGAUCCAUAAAGCCGUGGUGGAGAUCCCUGAUCUAGACUUGGUCAAGUGUCAGUUUGCCCGGAGUUUGGGAUUUGAGGAAGAAGAGGUCCACAUGAGCCACGUCAGGCCAGAAGACUGCGAGAGAGAGGACCUCAAGAACAUGAGUGUUUUGAUAUUUUUGGCGAUCCUGCUGGUUCUCUCGCUGAUCGUCAUCGGAGUGGGUCUCGUUUGUUGUUAUCGGAGACACUUAUUUGGGCGCCAUUACAAGGUGUAGACCAAGAGAGAUCUCGCACAGUUGCAUUUCCCUCUCUUGGACCCUGGAGCCAAAGUCCAGGUGAUUCGAUUCCACCAGGGAGUUUUCAAAACGCUGUGAAAGUUCGGAUGAUAAGAUGGUGACUCAUUCUUACGCCCAAGUCGUCGUUCAGGGAGAACAUUGGCGAAGAUACGCUCUUAUGGAUUCAGGGAGGACAUGGGGCCAUGGUACUCCCUUAUGGAUCUAGAACUGGGCUUCCCAACCUUGGCAACUUAAAGAAGAACUUGGAGGUUCUUCUUAAAGAAUUUAAGAAUUACAUUCUCCAAAGAAUUUCUUAAAUUCUUAAAAGAAUUUAAGAAGAAAUCUGUAAGAAGAGAUUGGACCGCCAUUUGCCUGAAAAAUGGUAUAGGCUUUCCUGCUUCAGCAGAGGGUUGGACUAGAAGACCUCGAAGGUCCCUUGCAACUCUGUUAUCCUGCUCCUUUGCAUAUAUCUAGUGUAACGAAGAGAAGAACUAAGGUGACAUGAUAACAGUCUUCCAAUAUUUGAGGGGCUGUCACAGAGAAGAGGGGGCCCCCAUCUAUUCUCCAAAGCCCCUGAGGGCAGGACAGGAAGUAAAAUGGAAGAUUAUCAAAGAGAGAAGCAACCUGGAACUAAGGAGGAAUUUCCUGACAGUGACAACAAUUAACCAGUGGAACGGCCUGCCACCAGAAAUUGUGGAUGCUCCAUUACUGGAAGCUUUUAAGAAGAGAUUGGACAACCAUUUGCCUGAAACAGUAUAGGGCCGACCUUUUUGCUGUCACGUGCCAAAAGCGGGGAGAGUGCGGAGGGGUCGCGCGCGUGUGUGCCCACACCCACAAUUCAAUGCGCCCCACCUUCCGUGCAUUCGUGCACGACCCCCCUGUGCUCCGCCUGCUUUUGGCACGGUGGGCCCUCUCGAGGUUGCAGAGCCUUUCUAGAAGCCUGGGGAGGACUAAAACAGCCUUCCCCACCCUCCCGGAGGCCCUCCAGAGGGCAGAAAUGGCCAGUUUCCAAAACAGAAAAUGAUGGAUUUUUUUGCCCUCCCCAGGCUCCAGAGCCUUUCUAGGAGCCUGGGGAGGGAAAAAACGGCCUUCCCCAAGGCCUGAAAAUCAGCUGGCCAGUGCGCGCAUACAUGCUGGAGCUGAGCUAAGGCAACGCUCGCGUGCCCACAGAUAUGGCUCCGUGUGCCACCUGUGGCACGCGUGCCAUAGGUUCGUCAUCCCAGGUAUAGGGCCUUCUGCUUGAGCAGGGGGUUGGACUAGAAGACCUCCAAGGUCCCUUCCGACUCUGUUAUUCUGUUAAAAUGGGUGGACUUCAACUCCCAGAAUUCUCUAGCCAGUUGUGCAUGACAGAAUGAGAAAAUUAUGUUAUAUUUUGUUAAAAAAGAAUUUUCUGGAUCUAUUUUGUUCGGAGAAUAGACGAUAAAUGAAGAAACCCAUCGCUCGCCUAGGGUCAUCCUAGGAUUGUAAGGGGGCAGUCAAAAAUGCCAAAAUGGCGGCUGCCACCCUACAACGAAAGCCUGACCACUUUUUAUAUUGUGUGCGUGUGGCUGUGGCUACCGUCGACCGCUUCCUUCACACACUCUUCUGGAUUUGUGGAGUUUAUUCAAUUGUGUUCUUUGCUGGAGUCAGGGGCUCAAUCACAGGGGCGCCAGAGGUCAAAAGAGUCAAGAUGGCGGCCACACU